UUGUCUCUUUUCACCUCAGACCUGAUGCCGCUGAAAGAGGAGAGUCAAGAACUGAAUGAUGUGAAGGAAGAGAAACAUAAUUUCACAACUGCAAACGAUAUUUUAGUUGUUCAGACUAAAAUGUCUUCCUCACGAAAAAGAGCUCAAACAACUAGAUCUAGAAGUUAUUUCACCUGUCAACAGUGUGGAAAGUGUUUUACACAUAAAGCAACAAUUAAUGCCCACAUGAGAGUUCACACUGGGGAGAAACCUUUUACCUGCCCUCGGUGUGGAAAGAGUUUCACAGUUAAAGAAAAUCUAAAUACUCACAUGAGGAUUCACACUGGAGAGAAGCCUUACACCUGCCAACAGUGCGGAAAGAGUUUUACUAAAAAAGAAAGGCUUAAAAUCCACAUGAGGAUUCACACUGGAGAAAAUCCUUACACCUGCCAACAGUGUGGAAAACGUUUCACUGAAAAAGGAAACCUUGACGUCCACAUGAGAAUACACACUGGAGAGAAACCUUUCACCUGCCAACAGUGUGGAAAACAUUUCACUGAAAAAGGAAACCUUGACGUCCACAUGAGAAUACACACUGGAGAGAAACCUUUCACCUGCCAACAGUGUGGAAAGAGUUUCACAGUUAAAGGAAAUCUAAAUACUCACAUGAGGAUUCACAUUGGAGAGAAGCCUUACACCUGCCAACAGUGUAGAAAGAGUUUCACUAAAAAAGAAAGGCUUAAAAUCCACAUGAGAAUUCACACUGGAGAAAAUCCUUACACCUGCCAACAGUGUGGAAAGAGUUUUACACAUAAAGCAACAAUUAAUGGCCACAUGAGAGUUCACACUGGAGAGAAACCUUUCACCUGCCCUCAGUGUGGAAAGAGUUUCACAGUUAAAGGAAAUCUAAAUACUCACAUGAGGAUUCACACUGGAGAGAAGCCAUUCACGUGUCUACAGUGUGAAAUUAGUUUCACGUAUCUCAAACACCUGAAACGUCACUUGCAAGCUCAUUCUGGAAAGAAAUUGCAAUGUUCCUCAGUGUGA